ACAGAUUAUUAAAAAACAUAAAUAAACCUGCGUGUUGAUGAGGCGUAUUUUGAUAAAUAGUAAAUUAAAUUUUAAUGGUUAACUACUCCGUUCUUCAAAUACCUCCAUGGAUACGGACAUUCUGGUUGAGAAUAAGGAGGGUUUGUACGAUUUCUUGGAUCAGUUAACUAAAGAGUACAGUGAAUUAUCAUGGUUGGAAGUUAAUGAUGCUUCUCCUAGUGAAAUUUUAGCUGAUGCUGGGCUCGUACCUGCUAUAUCCCCUGUUCUAAGUAUUAAAUCCUCGCCAAAUGAAAGUAGCAACUCAGAUUCAGGCAGUGAAGAUGAUACCAAAAAUGGAUCCUGUUCUUCGUCUGCCAGACAGUCAUCUCAGUCACCCCUUGAUUGUUCUUUCUACAAUGAGCCUACUAAUCAGUUAAAGCCAGAAGACGUUGAUUUAUUUCUUCAAAAAUCAGUUCCAACUGGAACAAAUGUCGGAGACACAUCAAAUAAUUAUAGAAUUUUGGAAAAAACUAGUCCUGUUAUGGCAAUUGAAAAUGGUAUGAUAAAGGUUGUUAAAAAAGAAAGUGAUCAGAAUGAAAUCAAUAAAAUAUUUAAUAAUCAAAAAGUUACAAGUGUAUAUCGCCAUAAUUCCAUAUAUAAAGUAGUAAAUGAAAACUCAAACAAUAUAGUUAAGAAAGAAGAUAGUCAAAUUCAUCUCAUAGCUGAAAGGAAGACUCCAAGUAUAUUAAGAAAUGCAACUUGUAUGCCAACAAAACCAACAAGUAUUGUGAUACCGGCAGAGAGUACAAAGGAUGGUAGAAUUUCCAUUACGCCACUCACUCAAAACAAGCCAAUACAAGUUACAAGUAAUAAUGGUUACCAUGUUAAGACACCUUCACCUACAAAAAAUAUUGUCAUAAAUCCCAAUCCAGAAAUACAUCAAACUGCUUUCAUAAACCAAAGUAUAAAAGAAGAACCAAAGAGUCCUGUCAUAGACAUAUCUCAGUUUAGUGAAGCUGAAAUACGUGCUUUGAAAAAGCAACAGAGAAUGAUAAAGAAUCGGGAAUCGGCAUGUCAGUCCCGGCAAAAGAAGAAAGAAUAUGUAACAGCAUUAGAACAGCAGUUGUUAGAAGCGCAUCAAGAGAUUGCGCGUCUCCGAUUAGAAAAUAGAUUAUUAAGGGACCAAUUAGAGUCAAAUGGACGAAGUCGAAAGAUACCUCGGCUAGAUUCUUCAAUACUGAUACCCAAAAAGAAUAUUGCUGUUAUUUUCGCCAUGGUAUUUAUGGUUUCUUUAAAUUGGAAUAUUCUAGGUUGGAAUACGAAAUCAUUUUCUGGACCAACCUCUACUCACGUAAACACGCGUCAUCUUUUGUGGGCGGAAAACAACAAAGAUGUUCUGGUUCAAAGUGAUUAUGAUCAAUUUGCUAAUCGCAAUGCUGAUGGAAUAGACUGUCAGAACACAACAUUAAAUGACUUUGAAAACAUAAAUCAAACUGAAAGUAUAAGGAUAGUCGGAGAACUGAAGCGUUGGAUUGGUGGUGGAAAGACAUUGAAUUGGACAAACACACACAAAAGGCAUAAAGUUUAUUUGGAUGAAAAACAAAUGCCAGAUGGACUAUUGGAAACUUAUAGACUUUUCAAUAAACUAAACCUUGAAAGUAAUCUUAUUGAUCUACCUCAACAAAAAAAUGUAAAAAACAUUCGAGAUAAAUCACGAAGGCGGUUACGACGGAAUGCACCAACUGAAAAAGAUAUAUUUCCUGAUAGUGAUAUGUAUUAUGAGAGACUCUAUCACAAACCUCUAAGGAAAUCUGCUAAUGGGUUCAACAUGGACGACUUUGGUGAAUGGAAUGCAUUACUUCAAGCUCUUCAUAGGAGGGAUGAUACGUUCUAUGUGGUAGGCGUUGGAAAAGGACAACACUUGCUGCUUCCAGCUGUAACACAUAAUGUAACGAGACCACCAAAAAUGGCACUUAUUUUACCAGCUCGAUCCGGCAAUGAUUCAAUAAUAAAUGACCAUGUAACACUAAUGCAAAUCGACUGUUCUGUUGUCAAUACAACUCUAGUAAAACUAAAAUCAGACACAUUGCCCGAAAGCUUGAGAAAGACGAAUGUUGAUGGAAAACCAAUACAUGUUAGUAUGAGCUCAGACAAUAGGAGGUUAAAAAAACUUAAAGUUGAUGCUAGUCCAACUGAAAUUGUUUUUAACUCGAGCAAUAAUUUGUCCAAUAAUUUUAAGAAAAAUAUUAACGUAGGUAGUGAUAAUGAGAUUAAUAAAAAUGAUUUGUUUACACAGUACCUGCUUCAUAAAUCAAGUGACGGUACUAAAAAUAAUUUAAAUAAUAAACUACGAAAGAAACCUUCUAAUAGUUCACUCUAAUUCACAAAACACUUGAAGUAUAAUUUAUGAUAUUUUGGUAAAAAUAUAUUUUAAUUGUGCUAAACUAUGUUGAACAUAUUCUUUAAAGUAUUUUUAAAUGGCUGAUUAAAGUCAGGUAUCCAAUGAUAUCCAAUAGGCAAAUAAUAAGCAAUGAGGAUUUAGCUUAGUAAAUUUUACACGUUAUUUCGAAAACAGGCGAUAUGUAUUUUAGUCUUCUUAAAUUAGUUUAGAGAUUGUUUACAACAGAGUUGGCAACAAAAAUCCUUAAAAUUAAAUUAAAUCACUAGAUAUUCACAACUACAUCUUUACCUUAAAUUUUCCUUAUUAUGUGCAAGGAACAAGUUUAAGAUAUAUAUACGAGAUGUGAUAUAAUAGAAGUAUAAAAUAUUAUGCACAUUAAUAAAUUUUAAUUUAUUGAAAUUAUAAAAAAAAAAAUAUUAUCUUUGUUUUUUCUUUUUCAAAAAUUUUAUUUCAAUGUAAUGUAAUGGUGAUUUAUAUGUUACGUGAACAUUAACAUUUCUUAAAGUUAACAAAAAGCAGAAUGCUCUCUGGUAUAAUUAGAAAGUAAUAAAAAUAUAUACUUCUAACAAUCUUCAGUAUUUUACCAGGGUCUAUUUUAUAAUACUUAUACAAUUAACAUAUUCGUAAAUUUAUAAAUAAAAUAUAAUAUUUAAGUUUUAUAUAAUAAGGUUAAUUAUAAGAAAGUCAUAAUAUGUUGUAUCACGGGGGUUGUGCAACUACCUGUUUCACUCAUUACUACUUUCUGAUUUAUGUAUAAAUAUAUUGAAAAUAUUUAGUUUUAAUAUUGAUGUUUACGAUUUCUGGGUUAAAAAUAGUCUGAUCAUUUUAUUAUCAAUGGAAAACAAUUAAAAGUGACGAGCCGGUUGGCGUGGUUGGUAGAUACUUGCCUUUGACGCCGAAGGUUGUGGGUUCGAUUCCCACACAGGACAGACAUUUGUGCGCAUGAACAUGUCUGUUUGUCCUGAGUCUUGAUGUAAUUAUCUAUAUAAGUAUUUAUUUACAAAAGAAAAGUAGUAUAUGUAGUAUAUCAGUUGUCUGAUUUUAAUAGUACAAGCUCUGCUUAAUUUGGGAUCAGAUGGCCGUGUGUGAAUAAUGUCGCAGGAUAUUAUUUUUUAUUUUUAAAAUAAAAUGUGUUAAAGAGCCUCUUGCUAAAAGUCAUCAAAGGAAACAAUAUUUAAAGUUAAUUAUAAUAAUAGUUUAUAAAUCGAUAAUUUAAGUAGCUAUGCCAUAAGGCUGUGUUAUUGUUUUGUUUCUGUUAAUUCAUUGUAUAAAAUAAUUUUGUGGUAAAAAUGUGACCAAAAUUAUUUUAUAAAUAUUUUAUGUUAAUCAGUAAUGUUUUUGUUUCAAAUUAUUAUGUAAUUUUACUAAUAUAAAAUAAAGAUUUUCCAAG